CUGGCGGGGAGGGGAGGGGCGGGGCGGGCCCGGGAGGGCGCCGGUUCCGCGGCGGCGGCAUGCGGACCAGGGGGCUGUGGGCGCUGCUGGCCGCGCUGCGGGCCGGCUGGUGCCUGCUGCCGCAGGCCGGCUACCUGCACCCCGACGAGUUCUUCCAGUCGCCCGAGGUGAUGGCAGGAGAUAUUUUAAACCUACAGGUCUAUUAUCCUUGGGAGUUCCUUUCCAGCUCUCCUUGCAGAACAAUUGUUUUCCCAUUAAUGACAUCUGGAGUUACCUACUGGGUGAUCAAGUCUUUGCAGCAGCUGGACAUAUGUUCAAGUUGCAUCAACAGCUACACUCUCCUUGUAUCACCUCGCCUUCUCUUUACAGUCUUUUCUUUCAUACUCGACUAUAGUGUUUACCGGUUAGCUCCUUUCUGGGAAGUGGAUCCGUGGAAAGCACUGGUACUUCUUGCCGGAUCUUAUGUCACUCUGGUAUUUUAUACCAGAACAUUUACCAACACGCUUGAAGGACUUCUCUUUGCUCUUCUGAUGGUAUUGGUUUCCUCAAGAAAGUCUGAUGGCAGCUUAGUGGGGCCUACAAGCAGCCCUCUCAUAGGUAUUAUAACAACUGCUGGGUUUUUCAACAGGCCAACCUUUCUGGCAUUUGCUCUAAUGCCCCUGCUUUACUGGGCAGGUUUAAUUGUUGACUCUCAAAAGAGCAUUAAAACUGUCAUAAACCACUUUUCAAAGCUUAUCCUAUGUGCAUGUUUUACUGCCAUUGUUUUUGUAACAGCCGAUACCUUCUAUUUUACCUCCAUGGGCUUAGACAACCUCUACAGCAUUAAAAAGAGCAGCCUAUUGGAUGUAAUAAGUCAAUUAAAUGAGAAAAUGAUAGUAACCCCUUUCAAUUUUCUCAGCUAUAAUCUUAAUCCUCAUAAUCUUGCACUGCAUGGAAGUCACCCCCGAGUUACCCAUUUUACAGUCAAUGGCAUAAUGCUCUUUGGGGUCUUACAUAUUCUGGCCAUUGGUGCUGGUAUUAAAAUGUUGAAGGAAUAUAUCCAUCAAUUAAUACGGGUCAGAUCACUUUGCCAUGGGUCAUCUGGGCUAUCAGUGCAUUCCGAGGGCAGUCCAACAUUAUUGCUGUUUUAUUUUGUUCCUUUGGCAUUUCUCUCCCUAUUCAGUCACCAAGAACCUCGGUUUCUCAUUCCUCUCAUCUUGCCAUUAGUCCUGUUCAGCACAUCACAGAAUAGAGCUGUGAAGUGGAGACACGUCAUUACUAUUUUCAAUGUUCUUGGGGCUUUGCUGUUUGGGUGCUUACACCAAGGAGGACUGAUACCAUGUUUGAGUCACUUGGAGCAACUCAUGCAUUCUCCGGAGUCCUCAAACCAUCUAAGACACUAUACUCUACUCUUUGCUCACACCUAUAUGCCUCCUAGGUCUCUGCUUAAUAUCAAGAAGAGAGACACGCAUAUAGAAGUCAUUGAUAUGGCUGGGUCUGAAGAAGAAACCCUCUGCCAAACAGUAGAACAGCAAGCAAACAAUUUUACCUGCAACGACUGUCAUGUUUUUGUUAUAAUCCCUGGUACAGUCAGAGCCACAAUUACAAAAUGCGGUGUCUCGUUCAAGAACGAGACUUUGAUAUUUCCACACUUAUCAAUGGAAGACCCACCACAAAUACCCUUCCUAUUCAGUGGAAACUGGAGAAGUCAGUUAGGACUAUACAUCCUCCAGGUAGACAGAGAUCAGCAGCGCCUUUAGAUUUCAGGAGAAAAAUGCUUUAGUUUUUCACUUCACUUGGGUGCUGCCCAAAGGUGCUGCAAGACCUUCCUCUUCACGGACCCACCUUCAGCACAGGUAGUGGCACUGGGAGUCCCUGAGUCUCUUCAUUCCCUUUUUUCAUGCUCUUACACUCACCAGUAUAGCCAGUUCUGGACAGAACCUGCUUAAGAUUUGAGUUAUUUGGCCCCUGUGGUGUUUCGUAGGAACUUCUGUGGUCUUCCUGAUGAGAGAGGAGGAAAUCAGAGCCCACCAAAACUGUGAUUCAAGCUUAGCUCUUACCACAUGAGAUUUAUUUGUGAAAGUCAUUAUGAUCUCUGACAGAGGGUUUGUGGAUUAUGUGUUUUUUCACUGACAAUAAGCAUUAACUCAGCUGCUGGAGUGAGGUUACAGGACUGGACAAAAGCUGGUCUGACUCAAUAAGGUUUGGGGUUUUUUUAUGCUCUUAAAAAUUCAGAGCCUCCUCUCAGUCAUGAGACCAGACUGCAGUCACAAUAUAGGCACCAGCGCUGUAAUACUGUCUUGGGUGGUUCCGCCUUGAAAAAUCCCCAGCAUUGAUCUGACAAUCUGAUUUAGAACAUGGAAGAUGCUUCAGCCUAAGUACGUGUGCUAAAUCCUAAAAUCCAUGCUUUGCCUGUUUAGUGUUUCUUGCCACAGUUCCAUUCUUGUGGACGCGCUACAUACGUAUUAUACACAGCAGCUUGAGAAUGCUGCAUUCUGAUGGCAUUAAGCUUGUCUGUUGUUUAGCUCCUACAAAUGGGGUAGCCCUUCCCUGGCGCACUCCCGCUGCAUGUCUCACAGAUUUCAUUGCUCUGUCGUGGCUCUAACAGCGGCAAUGGUGCAGAGCAGGCCCUGCGUCUGGAUCGCGGAACUGGCUUACUGCAGGGUUACAGUUGUGCUGCAGGGGAGCGCAUGAGGAUCCGAGGGAGGAGCUGCAUCCCCUGCGCCCCCCUCCCCUUUCAGUAACUGCUCCCCAUUAAAUCGGCUUAGUGAGAAUGACAGAUCACAUCCUGGCUCUCUAUUGGAGAACAGUCUGAUUUUAAAGCAGGAUACAAAUAACCCUGAGCUGAGAUAUAACCAUUCAGCUGAGAAUGAUGUAUAUGCUUAAUAGUGUAGCACAACUAGUAAGUUUUGCUUUUGCCUGUGUGAACUUCUGGAUCCAAAACAUCCCAACACGGAGGGAUAUACUAGUUUGGCACAUGCAUUGUAGGUCAAGCCUCUCUCUAUGAAACGAAUCUUGACGCUUGAAUUCUUUCUGCUCGUAGAGGCAGUAAUGCUUUUGGCAGUUCUUCAUCCACACACCUUUACAUCAGGUCUUACGAGCCAGGUUUUGAACAGAGACAAGAAUAAUACAGGUUCUUGUCAGGCUUUAAAGGGAAGCUAGGAAAAAUCCCUGUGUGAAGGAUUUGCCUGUAUCUUCCAAGCUAUACGUACGAUCUAGACUUUUAAUAGGACUUUUAAGGAACACAGCUCUUGCUCUCUUGUAAAGCAUUUUGUGUUGUCUCCCCUACACGUUCAUCCCACAUCCUUCAUCCCUCAUUAUUGGCAGGCCUGUAAAUUAAAGGUGCAUGUUUUGGGGGGAGGUAGGGGGAAAGGAGUGUGCAUGUAUCUUUGUACUGAUGACUCACAAAGUAGUGGAAGUAGUUACGAAAGCGUUGUGACACCAAAUGUACUUUCCAAAUUAAUUUUGGUUUUGCUCUUUUAUGUUGUGACGAUAGCCAUGUGCCACAGCUGGUACUCCAUGUCCUGCUUACUGUUUUCAGCUUUCUUAAACAGCUUAAGUUUUGAAAAUUAUUUUCAUGAAACUUAUGGUGUCUGGCAAUCUCAGCGGGGUAGAUCUUGAAACUCUUCAGUGAUGUGAUGGAGCACCAUUCCCAUGGCACGAUGACUUCUCUACUGGUACACGGGUACCCUGUGAUAAAGUCAGGAGGAGAACCUGGACUACAACUACUGACUCAGACUGAAAAUGUACUGCUUUUGUCUCGCCAGCUAGACCUUUAUAAUUUACACCGUAGAUGCAGUUUUUCCAUCCAUGCACACCCAAGUCUUUGUUGGUGGGAGGUUUAAUUCUACCAGCAAUGCUGGAAACUGUAUCUCAGACAAUCUGCAAGGUUCUUUUCACCUGGGGUGAUAUAAAGAAAGGAAAUCAUCCUCCCCGGUUAAUUAAGCAUCUAGUCAGCUGGACUAAAUAGUGAAACAUGCUAUGAAGGAAGGUUAACUACUUUAGUCUCAUGUAUGUUGUUAGAUACAGCAACUUACGUUAACCAGCCCAGUGUAUCCCAUAUGAUGGAUACGUCCUUUUUCUGUAUUUAUAUUUAGGAUGACUCUAUUGGCGAGUUCUUUCCCCCAAACCCUUCUUGCUACCAUAGACAUGAGGUGUGCUUUUAGGAUAGCUGCUGCAUCUCUUUUACCUACCUGUAAAAUGGGCGAUUAUCAUAUCGAUCACCAUCAUCACCAACAUUUAGAGCUCUUUUUGUAUCAAAGUUUUAUGGAGUGUAAAAUAUUACUGCUGUAUAGAUAGAAAUUGUUAAAGGAACUCCAGUUAGGAACGUUGUUUUAUUUCAAGUUUCUUAUCAAGCACUGAAAGUGACAAUCUUGACAGUGUUCUGGACGAUGUUUAAUGUGAGUCUGCCUGUUACCGAGUACUGUGGAAAGUGUAAACUGACUUUGAAAUGAAAAUCCGUCAUACCAAUCA